AUGACCCAAAAAUUAAAGAACAUCCAAACAAAAAGGUUUCAUGAACUUCAUGCUGCCAAUCCGUUACAGAAACAACUCAAUAGCAAUUACUUCAACACUUCCGUUCAUAUAGCCACCAACAUACAGGAAAAUCCACAAGAUUUCCUCGUUCACUAUCAAGUUUGGGGAAAGAUGGCCACUAACCAUGCAUUCGAUGUGUUCUUGUGUUGGUUCCUUGCUGUCAAAUUAGCUCUGUAUUGCUCAACUACUGGGGCUCUCGGAGCACCGCAAAUCCCUGCCAUGUUCGUGUUUGGUGAUUCUUUGGUGGAUGAUGGAAACAAUAAUGUACGAGCCACCGUUGCCCAAUCGAACUUCUACCCUUAUGGGAUUGAUUCUGUUCAAGGCCCUACAGGGAGGUUCUCUAAUGGAAAAACUAUAGUAGACGUCCUUUGUGACCUCUUGGGUCUUCCUUACCUGCCAGCACAAUCGAUUGCAGGCCUCAAUGGAACCGCGCUGCUUGGGGGAGUGAACUUUGCUUCAGGAAAUGCAGGAAUCCUAGAUGAAACAGGGCAACACCUUGGAGAAAGGGUUGCUUUGAGCCAGCAAGUGAUGAACUUCGAAGGCGACUGGAAUCAGCUUAGGACCUUGAUGGGAGGUGGAAGGGCAUUUUCUCAGUACCUUGCAAGGUCCAUUGUGGUGAUGGUGUUUGGGAGUAAUGACUACAUCAACAACUUCCUCCUGCCGGCUUUGUACUCCUCAAGCUACAACUAUACUCCGCAAGAUUUCGCCAACCUUCUCCUCAAUCACUACACGAGACAGAUACUGGCAUUGCACAGCCUUGGCCUGCGGAAGUUCUUACUCACAGGGAUUGCACCACUUGGCUGCAUCCCAGAGCAACGCUCCACUGGCACUGCUCCACCAGACCGGUGCGUCGACCAAGUGAAUCAGAUGCUUGGCUACUUCAACGAGGGCCUGAGAUCACUAGUUCAGCAAAUGAACACCAAUCAUCCAGGAGCAAUCUUUGCCUACAGCAACACAUACGCAGCCCUUGGAGACAUCCUCAAUUCCCCCAGCAGAUAUGGUUUUUCUAUCAUCGAUCGGGGUUGCUGUGAGAUAGGAAGAAACCAAGCCCAGCUUUACUGUGUUCCACUGUCCGUUCCUUGCGAUGAUAGGAACCGAUAUGUGUUCUGGGAUGGCCUCCACACAACGCAAGCUGUGAACUCGAUCCUUGCACAGCGGGCAUUUGAAGGGCCUCCCAAUGAUGUUUACCCCAUCAAUGUGCAGCAGAUGGCUCAACUGUAG